AGAGAGCUCUGCGCCGAGCCAUCCCUUCUUUUCCCAACCCCCUCCAAGUCCCUCAUCCCUUCCUCUCGGACUGGAGGGAGAAGUCGGGGAAGCAGGUCCUGUCAGCUCGCGACCGCGCCCCGCCAUGCUCACCCCGCGCCGCCCCCCUCCCCCAGGCCAUUCCCCGCUUGGUGUUGGGCGGACUCCUCCGCCGCCUCUCUGGAGUCUAGCUUGGACGCGAUCGUGCUGCUUUCUGUUCUCAGUCCCGGCAGUCAGGCGUCUCCUUCACGCCCCUAUUUAGAGCUUCUGGUUUAGGCCCUCCCUAUGCCAUCCCUGCCCCCCAAGCCUAGAAGAUGGUUUGGCUUGGCCCCAUGUUUUGUCAACAGCUAUAAGAGCAUCAAUGGUUAUCGCCUAGCCUUCCUUCCAUGCUAAGUGAAUCCCAUCCACACAGAAGUUCACAUCUUAUGUGACUCCUCCUUUCUUCUGCUUGUCUCCUGUUCGUGCACCCUGACAUGACUCCUGCCUGGAUAACCGGUUCUUUUAUCCAGGAGAUCAGGAUGGUAGGGGAACGGCGAGCAGGGAACCUUAUGGUACCCUUGGGGCCUCGGCUGCAGGCGUACCCUGAAGAACUCCUUCGACAGAGGCCUGGACAUGAUGGCCAUCCCGAGUACCUGAUCCGCUGGAGUGUCCUCAAGUGUAGUGAAGAGGGCAAAGUGAGCUCAGAGGAGGAGAAGACGGAGCAUCUCCUCAUGUGGCUGUCAGCCCCAGAGGUCUACGCCAACUGCCCCAUGCUAUUGAGGGAGCGGCCACUACCCAAAGGCCCGCAGCACGAACCCGCUGGAGAGGUGGGAAGCUUCCCACGAGACCCUGGAGGCCUGGAUGAGUUGGCAAUGACAGAGAUGGAGGCUGAUGUCCGGGCACUGGUGCGCAGGGCUGCCAGGCAGCUGGCGGAGGGUGGGACCUCGAGCCUGACGGCUGCCGUGCUUCACACCGUCCACGUGCUCAGUGCCUAUGCCAGCAUCGGGCCUCUCACGGGAGUCUUCAGGGAGACCGGAGCCCUGGAUCUGCUCAUGCACAUGCUGUGCAAUCCCGAGCCUCAGAUCCGUCGGAGUGCAGGCAAGAUGCUCCAGGCUCUGGCAGCCCAUGAUGCUGGGAGCCGGGCUCACGUCCUUCUGUCACUGAGCCAACAUGACGGCAUUGAGCAGCACAUGGAUUUUGACAGCCGCUACACUUUACUGGAGCUGUUUGCAGAGACCACGUCCACAGAGGAGCACUGCAUGGCCUUGGAGGGCGUCCACCUUCCUCAGAUUCCUGGGAAGCUGCUCUUCUCCCUGGUGAAGCGCUACCUCUGUGUCACCUCCCUGCUGGAUCAGCUGAAUAACAGCCCAGAGUCAGGAGCUGGGGACCAGAGCUCCCCGUGUCUCACAAAGGAGAAGAGCCGGGCACAGCAGGAGCUAGAGUUCAGUAUGGCCAUGGGCAAUCUCAUUUCCGAGCUGGUGCGGAGCGUGGGCUGGGCACGGAACCUCAGUGAGCAGGGCUCCUUGCCGCCCAGGCCAUCCCGAUCCAUCUUCCAGCCGUGCCUCUCAGGCCCUCCGCCUCUGCUGCUGCCCACCAUCGUCACUACACCCCGGAAGCAAGGGCGGGCCUUCCGAGGUCGUUCUGAGUUUUCUAGCCGCAGCGGUUAUGGUGAAUACGUUCAGCAGACGGUGCAGCCCGGCAUGCGGGUUCGCAUCCUGGAUGACUACGAGGAGAUCAGUGCUGGGGACGAGGGCGAGUUCCAGCAGAGCAACAAUGGCGUGCCCCCUGUGCAGGUCUUCUGGCAGUCGACUGGCCGCACCUACUGGGUACACUGGCACAUGCUAGAGAUCCUGGGGCCGGAGGAAGCUACUGGGGAUUCAGCAUCCGCAUCUGUGGAGAAGGGAGCAGGGGCAGCUGUACUGGGCACAGUGUGUCCCUCUUGGGACUGGAAGCCCACACAUGGCCUGUACUCACUGCCGUAUCUCCAGCCCGAACCCCAGAAGAACGAGGAGCCAGGGUACCUGACCCAGGCAGAGUGGUGGGAGCUACUGUUCUUCAUCAAGAAGUUGGACUUGGGUGAACAGCAGCCAAUUUUCCAGAAUCUGCAUGAGAAACUGGAUGAGGAGGCCCUGGAAGAAAAGGCCCUGGGAGAGCUCUCUGUGCCCAUAGAGAUGGCUGAGGGUGUGCUACAGGUUCUCAGCAACCGCUUUGAGGGCAGCAACCUCUACGACCUGCUCAAUUCCCGCAUCUACACUAAGUACGGGCUACUGCCCAAGGAACUGGGGAGCUUGCCGUCGUCAUGGCGUCACUCCUGUACCCCAGAGCCAGAGGAGGGCUCAAAGUCAGCUACCAACUUCUCAGAGAAGGAAGAGGCCUGCAGAGCCAACGCUGUGCCCCCAGAGGCAGAGAUAGAGCUUGCCAGUGCAAAGACAGAGCCCCCCAAAGCACAGAGUGACUCCCAGCUGUUUAAUCAGCUUCUGGUGACUGAGGGGAUGACCCUGUCCCCUGAAACACAGGAGGCAGCUACUGAAAUGGCCAGAGCCUUGCGGGGUCCUGGUCCACGCAGCUCCCUGGAUCAGCAUGUGGCAGCAGUCUUGUCCACUGUGCAGAUCUCCAGCCUGGAUAUGAACCUGCAGCUGUCAGGGCUCUGUGCCCUCUCCCAGGCUGUGGAGGAGGUCACUGAGCGAGACCACCCCCUGGUCCGUCCUGACAGAUCAUUGAGAGAGAAGCUCGUGAAGACCCUGGUGGAUUUGUUAACCAACCAGGUGGGAGAGAAGAUGGUGGUGGUGAUGGCCCUGCGCCUCCUCUACCUGCUCAUGACCAAGCAUGAAUGGCGUCCGCUCUUUGCCAGGGAGGGUGGCAUCUACGCUGUGCUGAUUUGCAUGCAAGAAUACAAGACAUCCGUCUUGGUGCAGCAGGCAGGACUGGCAGCGCUCAAGAUGCUGGCCAUUGCUAAUUCCUCUGACGUCCCCACUUUCGUCCCCAGCCGAGAUUCCAUCCAACCUCUGUUUGAUACCCAGAUGACCAGAGAGAUCUUUGCCAGCAUCGACUCUGCCACCCGCCCAGGCUCCGAGAGCUUACUCCUCAGUGUACCUGCGGCUGUGGUCCUGAUGCUGAACACCGAGGGGUGCUCCUCUGCAGUGAGAAACGGCCUGCUUCUCCUUAACCUGCUUCUAUGCAACCACCACACCCUGGGAGACCAGAUCAUAACGCAGGAGCUGAGAGACACCUUGUUUAGGCACUCGGGGAUAGCACCGGGGACAGAGCCAAUGCCCACCACUCGCACCAUCCUCACGAUGCUCCUCAGUCGCUACUCAGAGCCACGGGGAAGUCCCGAGCGAGCAGUGCUGGAGACCCCAAGCACCCAGAGUCAGGAUGGGUCCCCCGAGUCGCUCAUCCGGUCCCUGGUGGGGGACCUGUCGGCAGAACUCUUCCUUGACUUGGAACGUGUGCUGUGCCAUGAAGGCAGCCCUUCAGCUGCCGUGAGGCCCCUCCUCAGGCGCCUCCAGCAGGAAACGCAGCCAUUCCUCCUGUUGCUGCGGACUCUAGAUGCCCCCGGGCCCAACAGAACUCUGCUGCUCACGAUACUCAGGGUCAUGACCCGACUGCUGGAUCAUCCUGAGACAAUGGUCCUCCCCUGGCACGAGGUCUUGGAGCCCUGCCUCAACUGCCUGAAUGGGCCAAGCAGUGACUCUGAGGUUGUCCAGGAGCUGACCUGCUUCCUGCACCGCCUGGCUCUGAUGCAGAAAGACUAUGCAGUGGUGCUUUGCUGCCUGGGAGGUAAGGAAGCCCUCUCCAAAGUCCUGGACAAGCACUCCACUCAGCUGCUGCUGGCCUCUGAGCUGCGCCACCUGGUGGCCGAGUGUGAGAAGUACGCACAGCUCUGCAGCAACCUCACCUCGAGCAUCCUGGCAGGCUGCAUCCAGAUGGUGCUGGGCCAGAUUGAAGACCACAGGCGAACCUACAAGCCCAUCAAUAUCCCCUUCUUUGAUGUGUUCCUCAGGCAUCUCUGCCAGGGCUCCAGUGUGGAGGUGAAGGAGGACAGGUGCUGGGAGAAAGUGGAGGUGUCCUCGAACCCACACCGGGCCAGCAAGCUGACGGACCGCAACCCCAAGACCUACUGGGAGUCCAACGGCAGCACUGGCUCCCACUCCAUCACCUUACACAUGCACCGUGGUGUUCUUAUUAGGCAGCUGACCCUGCUGGUGGCCAGUGAAGAUUCAAGUUACAUGCCAGCCAGGGUGGUGGUGUUUGGGGGUGACAAUGUCGGCUGCGUCAGCACAGAACUUAACACGGUAAACGUGAUGCCCUCUGCCAGCCGGGUGACCCUGCUGGAGAACCUGACCCGCUUCUGGCCCAUCAUCCAAAUCCGAAUAAAGCGCUGCCAGCAGGGUGGUAUCGACACUCGGGUUCGGGGUGUGGAGGUGCUGGGCCCCAAGCCCACAUUCUGGCCAUUGUUCCGGGAGCAACUGUGCCGACGUACGUGUCUCUUCUACACAAUUCGGGCACAAGCAUGGAGCCGGGACAUUGCAGAGGACCGCCAGCGCCUCCUACAGCUCUAUCCUAGACUGAACAGGGUUUUGCGCCAUGAACAGAAUUUUGCCGAUCGCUUUCUCCCUGAUGACGAGGCCGCCCAAGCACUGGGCAAGACUUGCUGGGAGGCGCUGGUCAGCCCCCUAGUGCAGAAUAUCACAUCUCCCGAUGCAGGAGGUGUGAGCUCCCUGGGGUGGCUGCUGGACCAGUACCUGGAACACAGGGAGAGUGCGGGGAGCUGCCAGGGUCCUGCAGCUUCCUUCGCUUCUCAAGUUCGGCGCCUGUGCCACUUGCUGGUACAUGUGGAAGCCCCUCCUGGGCCUUCUCCUGAGCUGUCCUCGCAGCCCCUCAGCAAGAACAGUAAGGGUCAGGAUGGAAGCCCCACACCGGCACCUACUCCGGUCUGUCCCAGCACCAGCCUUCGGAACAUCACCCAGUGCUGGCUGAGUGUGGUACAGGGACAGGUCAGCAGAUUCCUGGCCACAGCCUGGAGGGCCUCAGACUUUGUGCCCCGUUACUGUAAUCUCUAUCAACGCUUGCAAAGCGCGGGCUCAGAGCUGUUUGGGCCGCGGGCAGCCUUCACUCUGGCUCUGCGCAGUGGCUUCUCCGGAGCUCUGCUGCAGCAGUCCUUCCUCACAGCUGCUCACAUAAGCGAACAGUUUGCUAGGCACAUUGACCAACAAAUCUAUGGUGGUUUGCUUGGUGGAGCAGCUGGAGUGGGAAUGCUGGGGCGGCUCCAGCGGCACCUAGAGCCCAUCAUGGUCCUUUCUGGCCUGGAGCUGGCCACGACAUUUGAGCACUUCUAUCAGCAUUACAUGGCUGACCGUCUCCUGAGCUUGGGCUCGAGCUGGCUGGAGGGAGCUGUGCUGGAGCAGAUCGGUCCCUGCUUCCCCAACCGCCUCCCGCAGCUGAUGCUGCAGAGCCUGCACACCUCAGAGGAGCUGCAGCAUCGCUUCCACCUCUUCCAGCUGCAGCAGCUCGACAGGCAGCUCUUGGAGCAGGGAGACCAGGAGGAAUGGAGGCCAGAGAAAGUGGAGGAAGAUGAUGAGGGACAGGAGACUGGAAGAGAACUCUUUACAGACCCAGGACCAGCCAUUUCCGUCCUGGUCCUAUCACCACGCUGCUGGCCGGUCUCCCCACUGUGCUACCUGCACCACCCCAGAAAGCGCCUACCCGAGGAGCUCUGCGGUGCCCUGGAGCGCUUCUCCAGCUUCUACAGCCACAGUGAGGAGCUGGGGACAGGAAGCUGGAGCUUGAGAUGCGUCCUGGGUGGCAGCAGAGGAAAAGGAGAGGCCACCAGGCAGGAGUGUGCACGUCAGAACUGCCCAGUCUUGGACAUAGGACCACACCGGCGACUUCAGUGGACAUGGCUGGGCCGGGCUGAGCUGCAGUUUGGGGACCAGACCCUGCACGUGUCCACUGUACAGAUGUGGCUGCUGCUGAAUUUCAACCAAUCAGAGGAGGUGUCAGUAGAGACCUUGUUGAGGAACUCUGACCUCACCCCAGAGCUCCUGCACCAGGCCCUUCUGCCCCUCACCUCUGACAAUGGUCCUUUAACACUGGAGGAGACUCAGGACUGUCCACAGGCGGGGGUGCUGCGGCUUCGUGAGCCUAGGUCCCAGACCCAUGAAGAGGUCCUGUGGCUGAUACCUCCCCAGACGUAUCUCAGUGUAGAAAAGGAUGAGGGCCGGACCUUGGAACAGAAGAGGAACCUCUUGAGCUGCCUUCUUGUCCGGAUCCUCAAAGCCCACGGGGAGAAAGGCCUGCACAUCGAUCAGCUGGUCUGUCUGGUGCUGGAGGCCUGGCAGAAGGGUCCAGAUCCACCUGGGCGCCUAGGUAACGCUGCGGCAGUGGGUGUGGCCUGCUCCAGCACUGAUGUUCUCUCUUGCAUCCUGCAUCUCCUGGGCCAGGGCUAUGUGGAACGGCGUGAUGACAGGCCCCAGGUCCUGAUGUAUGCUACCCCAGAGCCCAUGGGGCCCUGCCGGGGUCAGGCAGAUGUCCCCUUUUGUGGCAACAAGAACACUGAGACCUCCAAGCCUAGCCCAGAAGCUGUGGUGGCCCUGGCAUCUCUACAGCUGCCUGCAGGCCGUACCAUGAGUCCCCAGGAGGUAGAAGGAUUGAUGGAGCAGACGGUGCGGCAGGUGCAGGAGACGCUGAACUUGGAGCCAGAUGUAGCUCAGCACCUUCUGGCUCAUUCCCACUGGGGCACAGAGCAGCUGCUGCAGAGCUACAGCGAUGACCCAGAACCACUGCUCCUUGCGGCAGGGCUGCGAGUACCCCAGGCCCAGGUGGUCCCCACUCGCCCUGACCAAUGCCCGGUGUGCGUCACCCCCUUAGGGCCCCAUGACGACUCGCCCUCCCUCUGCUGCCUGCACUGCUGCUGUAAGUCUUGCUGGAAUGAGUACCUGACAACUCGGAUAGAACAAAACUUUGUACUGAACUGUACCUGCCCCAUCGCUGACUGUCCUGCCCAGCCCACUGGAGCCUUCAUCCGUAACAUUGUCUCCUCCCCGGAGGUCAUCUCCAAGUAUGAGAAGGCCCUUCUGCGAGGCUAUGUGGAAAGCUGUUCCAACCUGACGUGGUGCACCAACCCUCAGGGCUGUGACCGCAUCCUGUGCCGCCAGGGCCUGGGCAGUGGGACCACCUGCUCUAAGUGCGGCUGGGCCUCUUGCUUCAGCUGCAGUUUUCCCGAGGCACACUACCCUGCCAGCUGUGGCCACAUGUCGCAGUGGGUGGAUGAUGGUGGCUACUAUGACGGCAUGAGCGUGGAGGCCCAGAGCAAGCACUUGGCCAAGCUCAUCUCCAAACGCUGCCCCAGCUGUCAGGCGCCAAUCGAGAAGAACGAGGGGUGUCUGCACAUGACCUGUGCAAGAUGUAACCAUGGGUUCUGCUGGCGCUGCCUCAAGUCCUGGAAGCCAAGCCACAAGGACUACUACAACUGCUCUGCCAUGGUAAGCAAAGCAGCUCGCCAGGAGAAGCGGUUUCAGGACUAUAACGAGAGGUGUACCUUCCAUCAUCAGGCCCGGGAGUUCGCUGUCAACCUGCGGAACCAGGCCUCUGCCAUCCAAGAGGUGCCACCGCCCAAAUCCUUCACCUUCCUGCAAGAUGCCUGCCGGGCCCUCGAGCAGGCUCGAAAGGUGCUGGCCUAUGCCUGUGUCUACAGCUUCUACAGCCAGGACACAGAGUACAUGGAUGUGGUAGAGCAGCAGACGGAGAACCUAGAGCUGCAUACGAAUGCCCUGCAGAUUCUGCUUGAGGAGACCCUGCUGCGCUGCCGGGACCUGGCCUCCUCCCUGCGCUUCCUGCGGGCAGACUGCCUCAGCACGGGCACAGAGCUGCUCCGGAGAAUCCAGGAGAGGCUGCUGGCCAUCCUACAGCACUCCACCCAGGACUUCCGGGUUGGGCUGCAGAGUCCCUCGGUAGAGACCCGGGAGGUGAAAGGGUCCAACGUGCCCAGUGAUCAGCCCCAGGGCUCCUCAGGGCUGGAAGUGGAAGAUGAAGAGGAGGAAGAAGAGGAGGAAGAGGAGGAGGAAGAGGAUGUGCCUGAGUGGCAGCACGAGUUUGAUGAGGAACUAGACAAUGAUAGCUUCUCCUACGACGAGGAGUCUGAGAAUCUGGACCGAGAGACCUUCUUCUUUGGUGAUGAGGAUGAAGAUGAUGAGUCCUAUGACUGAGGGGGGAGGGGCAGGGCCGCAGGGUGUCAUGGGAGAGGGGAUUCCCAGUGUCUGAAGCACCUUCUGUUUACUGAAUAAACCUCUUUUUUCACGUACUUCC